GGAGGUGAAAGUGCGACGAAUUUCAGUCAGGCUGAGAUAAGAAAUAAUUAAUUAAAAGUAAACUUUAAUUAAACUUCGUGGAUGGAUCAAGACAAUAGCUGAUUGGCAGGCUAAACAAUCACGCUUCUUUGACCAAACUUUUUAUAUUGCUUUCUGAGACGGUGCUGCUUUACUCUUGAAAGUCUAUUAAGUACGAUGGCUUCUUCUUCCAGGGCUGUUGGAUCGAGGAAGCAUGAUGUUUUCCUCAGUUUCUGUGGAGAGGACACCCGGAUCACAUUUGCCAGCACUUUACAUGGAGUUUUGAAGCGGGAAAAUAUAGAUGUUUUCAUUGAUGAUGAACUUAACAGAGGAGAGGAGAUUUCGUUAUCUCUUGUGUCUGCAAUUGAAGAAUCAAUGAUUUCAGUUAUAAUUUUCUCGAAAGGUUAUGCGUCUUCAAGAUGGUGUCUUGAAGAACUUGUGAAGAUCAUGGAGCGCAAGAAAACGAAAAAACAGGUGAUAAUACCAGUUUUCUAUCAGAUAGAUCCAUCAGAAGUAAGGAAUCAAACUGGAACUUUUGGAGACGGAUUUGCCAGGCUUGUAGGAAGUUUUGAUGAGGAGAAACUAAAGAAGCUACAAAUGACAGAAGAAAAAUUUAAGGAAAAGGUUCAGGCAUGGAAGAACGCUUUGACAGAGGCAGCCAACAUAUCAGGCAGGAUAUCAACUCAGAAAACGACUAAUUAUUAUCUUGCGCGGAAAGUUUUUGAAGAUGUUGUGAAGAUCUUAAAUUUCUUGUCCUCAAGUAAUAAUGACAAGAAAUUGGUUGGGUUAGAAUCAAUCAUUCGCAAAAUUAAGUCUUUAUUGCAAAUUGGAUUGCCAAAUGUUAACAUUGUAGGAAUUUGGGGAAUGCGUGGUAUAGGAAAGACAACCAUUGCAAAGAGUGUAUUUGAUAACAUAAGCAAUCGGUUUGAUGGCUCAUACUUUGCUAGAAAUAUUAGGGAAAAAUCAACAAGUCCUUAUGGAUUAACUCCAAUGCAGCAAGAACUGCUUUCUACUUUAUUAGAGAAUCCUAUUGGCUUCACAAAAGGAAGACUUGGUCGUAAAAAAGUUCUUAUUGUUUUUGAUGAUGUGACUAAUUCAGAGCAAGUAGAAUCUUUAAUUGAGAACAUUAAUCAUUUAGGCUUAGGAAGUCGAAUCAUUAUAACAGCAACAGACAAACAAGUGCUUCGAAAUUGUGGAGUUGAUGAUAUUAAUAUAUGUAAGAUAAAUGGGCUACGUAGCAAAGAAGCUCUUCAGCUUUUUAGUUGGCAUGCUUUUGGUCAAAAUCGUCCCAAUAAAGAUUAUGAGGACUUGUCAAAAAGGGUAGUAAAAUAUACUAAAGGUGUUCCCUUAGCUCUUAAAGUGUUAGGUUGUUGCUUAUAUAGAAAGCCAAAAGAAGUUUGGGAAAGUUCAUUGAAAAACAUUGAAAGAAUUCCUCAUAAGGAUAUUCACAAGAUACUAAAAAUAAGUUAUGAUGAACUAAACGAUGAUGAACAGAAUAUAUUUCUAGAUAUUGCAUGCUUCCUUAAAUGGGAGAAUAAAGAUUUCGUGAGUGACUUCUUGGAUGCUUGUGGCUAUGCGGCUAAAUUUGGACUAAGUGUUCUCGAUGAUAAAUGUCUUAUAACUAUGACAGAAGAUUACAAGAUAACAAUGCAUGAUUUGCUUCAAGAAAUGGGUUGGGAAAUAGUUCGACAAGAAUCUACAAAAGAACCUGGUAAACGUAGUCGUUUAUGGUACCAUGAAGAUGUUUGUAGCGUAUUGGAAGAAAAUAAGAUUUCUAAUGCAAUUGAAGGCAUAUGUUUAGACAUGUCUAAACAAGGAAAGAUCAUAGACUUAGAACCUAGUGCCUUAGCAAAGAUGGAUCAACUUAGACUCUUUAAGCUGCAUAAUGUGCUCAAAGAAGAUAUUGAUAUUAAUAAGGUGCGCGUCUCCGAAGAGCUUCGUUAUGUUUCGAGUAAACUGCGAUACUUGUCUUGGCAUGGAUGUCCAUUGAAAUCAUUGCAGACAAACCUUUUUCCCAAGAACCUGGUCGCCCUUGACAUGCCUCACAGCAGUAUUGAACAACUUUGGCCUACUGUCCAGCUUGAUUGUUUGAAACAUGCCAACCUAAGCUACUCUAAACAUCUAAAACUCCAAGAUCUCUCACUGGGCCCCAAUCUUGAGAGUUUGAUUUUAGAAGGUUGCACAAGUUUGUGUGAGAUUGUCUCAUCCAUUGAUGGCCUCAAUUAUAAGCUUCGUAUCUUAAAUCUGAGGCACUGUGGAAGUCUUGUUAGUCUUCCAACAGACAUUCGUCUACAAUCUCUUGAAAAAGUCAUCUUUUCUGGAUGCUCAAAUCUUGAGAAGUUUCCACGAAUCUUCUGGAAUACGAAAGAGUUAUAUUUAGAUAAAACUGCAAUAGAGGAGUUGCCGUCCUCUAUAAAGAAUUUAUCUAGACUAAUUAUAUUGGAUUUGAAAGACUGUUUUAAGCUUGAGAGACUUCCAAUAAAUAUCUGCGAGUUAAAGUCUCUUGAAUAUCUCAAUCUCUCAGGGUGUUCAAAACUUUUCGGGUUGCCUAAUAACUUGGGAAAUUUAGAAUCUUUGAAGGUGCUUAAAGCAAAGAUGGUGUAUAUAAGAGAAUUACCAACGUCCAUUCUAAAUUUGCGCUGUCUUGAAGAACUAGAUCUAACAAGCUGUGCUAUUGAGAAGUUACCGACCAAUCUAGGUCAGUUAUGCACACUACGAAGUUUACAUCUGGGCGGAAACUUUUUUGAGAGCAUUCCAAUAGGGAUUAAAGACUUGUCUGUAUUGUCUUAUCUUGACAUAAGCUGUUGCAAGAGGCUUCGAACCCUACCACAGCUUCCACGUGAAUUAGGAAUUAUAAAUGCAAACGAUUGCAGAGCAUUGGAAGAAUUAGUAAUUUGGCCCCCUCGCUUGAUCAGAUAUAAUCUUCAAAGCAUCAGAAUUAACUUUAGCAAUUGUUUCAAACUAAAGCAAGAUACCAUCUAUGAAGAAAUUUUCAAACACAUGAAAACCGGUUAUCUUCCUAUGGCGGCAUAUCAUCGAAAGGAUUUUUGUAUCUGUUUCCCUGGAAGUGAAAUUCCAGAGUGGAUGGUCUCUCAAAGUGCAGGAUCUUAUGUAACUCUGGAUCUACAGGCAGACCUUCAUCCAAUAGAGUUCAAUUCUCUUCUUACCUGUGUUGUUGUGGAGUUUAAAGAAUAUCAUAAUGACGGACAGGGUUUGGCGGUUGCGUUGGAGUUCUUGCUUACAAGAGAAAAUGGUAUAGUGGAUGUGUUCUAUGGAACUUUGAAGGGAUGGGAGCGUGGUACUGGACCCGACGAUGUGUACUGUGAUCAUGUAUUCCUGGGAAAUGAUUUCUCUUUUAUGUCGAUAAUUGAAGAUUACAAAUAUUGUGAGAUAACCGUCCGAUUUUAUGUUGAGAAUUAUAUUACUGAAAGAGCAGAUUCUUUCCAAGUGAAAAAGUGUGGAGUUUGGGUUCCGAACUUACAGUCAAGGGAUGGGAAACCAGAGUCCAAGAAAUUGAAAAUUGAAAAUUUCUAUGUUGGCGAAUCUAGCUCAAGAUAAGGUUUAUUAUCAAUGGCUUGGCAAUUGAAUCGUGGUCAAGGAAGACGAGGUCAUGGCAGGGUUGUGGUGUUUUUGUAAAAGAUGUUGAUUACCGACAUGAUCCACGAGAAGUAGAGAUGGCAAAUUCUGGAUAUCCAAAGGCGGCUUGAGCAGGUUUAACUUUCAACAGAAUUCAAAGAGCAGGUUUCAUAAUUUUUAUAGGUAGGGGAGGUUUGAAUUUUUAUUAAUUAUGUUGAUUUUUUUGUGAAUUCUGGUAUGGGUUUCUUGAAUGUGGACGGACUACAGUCCUGUAGAAGGGCUUUCAACAACAGUGGUAUUUGAGGUGCUUGUGUAUAUUCUUUGUUAUAAAUUCACUAUUUAGUGAUUGGUAGUGAUGUAGCACAGUAGGAAGCAUUGUGUGUGCUUUGCUGGGCAUGUGGAAGAAGAAAAAGCUGUUGCUGAAUGCUGAGGCAUCACACUCUAGAUUUUGUGAAGCUGUUGAGGCUGGAUUUCUUUCUGGAUAAAAUAAUUAUGGAGACCUAAUUCUGAAUGAAUUCGUAAUUUGCUUGAUUCCUAUUGUUCCCGUAUUUUUGUAAAAUGUAAUUUCUGAGUAGUUCCACUAUUUAAUGUUGUAAGGUCUUGAAUGGGAAUCCUAUACUCAUCACUUUUGUGAAGCAAAUGUUGCCACUGCUCUUUCAAUCAUUAGCACUUUCUGCUUGAAACCGGGGGCAAUGUAUGUAAGAGGAGAUGUAUUACAACUAAAGUGAUUUAGAAGCAUGGAAAAGCUGGUAUGUGGCUCUAGAUGUGGUGGUUCUCUCUCUCUCUAUCUCUGGCAGUUCAUAUUUGCAUUAAAAAUUUAUUAGCAGAAUCUAGAAGCUGUUGUUGUAACUUAUGAGAAUCUAGGAAUGUAAUUCAUUUAGAUGUUGGUGAAAUUCUUGGCUUUUUCUUAUACUGUGAGAUCUGUGUUAUGGA